AUGAGUGCAAGGUGUGUCCAAAUGUUCCGAUCAAUAAGGGAAUAUGAAGUCUUGAAUAUGAUCAAAUCAAUCUCUGCACAAGAGGGAUCAGUUAUCAAUCUUACAGCGAAGUUGUCUUCUCUGACAUUUAGCAUCAUUAAUCGGCUGCUUUUAAUUGAUGAAGUAGUUGAAAACAUUCUCAAUGAGCACAGAGUCAAAAGAGCAGAAUCAACACCUGGUUAUGGAGAAGCAAAGCAGGAUCUAGUUGACGUUCUUCUAAAUAUCCAACAAUCUGGGGAAUUUGGAGUUCCACUUACUGACAAUAACAUCAAGGCAGUCAUAUUUGAAAUGUACUUUGCCGGCGUGGAGACGUCGUCAACAACUAUGGCGUGGGCAAUGGCUGAAAUGAUUAAAAACCCAAGACUAUUAAAAAAUCCCAAAAUGAAGUACGACAAAUUUAUGGUGAAAUGGGCAAUGUUGAUGAGUCGCGAUUUACAUGAAUUGAAAUACUUGCAAGCAGUUAUUAAAGAAGCUAUGAGAUUGCACCCUGCUGCUUCACUGUUACUUCCAAGGGAAUGUAGCGAACAAUGUGAAAUCCAGGGAUAUGAAAUCCCGGUCAAAACCAGAGUCUUUGUCAAUGCCUGGGCAAUUGGUCGAGAUCCAGACUACUGGACUGAGCCUGAGAAAUUCAUUCCAGAGCGGUUUCUUGAUUCUGAAAUCGAUUUCAAGGGAACAACUUUUAAUUACAUAGCAUUUGGAGCGGGAAGAAGGAUGUGCCUGGCAUAUCAUUUGCUCUUCCUAACAUCGAGCUACUUCUUGCUCAACUGCUCUACCACUUCGAUUGGAAGCUCCCUGGUGACUUAG